GUGGGUGCGAGCGGGACUGCAAUCUGCAUCGGAUGGUGUGGAGGUUGCAGCGUCGUAGUCCCCUGAACACUUCACCGGAUUGUUGUUCAUCUUUAGUGAAUGAACAGGAAUAGUUUACUUUAAACAAUUUAGCAAUACAGUAAAAGACUUGGUAGUCAUCAAAGCAUUAAGGAAAAUUGAAGAAAAGACAAAGGACGCAAAUGGAACUGGAGCAACCACGGAUAUAUCCGCUCGUUAGCAAGCCAACUAGCCCGCUGCUAACUUGAUACAUUGGAACACGAGUAACAAUCAACUGGCUAUGACUGAUAACAAGGAAAGGACAGUCAAUUUGUAAUCCAGAAUGAAUUAUUGAGAAUCAAAUCAAAUGUUUUAGCUACGCAUUUAUUCUUACGAAAGUAUUUGAAUGGAUUGGAUGCGUUCUGUAGAAUUGCUCAACAACAAUAGUUAGCCGGCUAGCUAGCUAAGGUUACUUGCAUGUUGAGUUGGGAAGCUAUCCCGUUAGCCAAAUAAUUAUGUUACGUCAUCUGUACAGUAGUUAAUAACUAGACGGUCAGGCAACUACAAGGUGGAUGGACUGUCAUCUGCGUGGGUGUGUUCGUGAAGUUAACGUUAGUUGACUGGGCAGCCCAUUAUUCCUCAUUCGGCUUUUUCCGACACAGUUUAGUAUUACACAUGACAGAAGUGAACAUGGGAGUGUAGGACAAUGGAUAUAGUUAAUACCGUAGGGAAGAAGUGACAACCGAUAUCUCAGGUACAGUUUAACGGUGGACCACAAUGCAUUAGGUCUGACGUUCUGCUUUCGGACAUAGGACUCUCUGGUUUUGCUGGAGCGCUUGCUAACAAGAACUUUAUGACGCGGGCUCAGUCCAUUAUUUCAUUUUUGACUGACCACACAGGUCACCGUUUCCCUAAAGCGUCCACAGCCCUCAUACCAUGGCAGCGGUUGUCAACUACUCACCGCCGUGGUGGGUCAACCUGCUACACCGACUCCCUCAUUUCAACCUUCAAUUCGAACAAACAAGCAGCGAUUUUCGCCCGGAGGACUCGUCCUAUCAACAGUCCAUCCUGCUGCUGGGAGGCGUGGCUCUAGCCUGCCUGGCCCUGGACCUCCUCUUCCUGCUCUUCUACUCCUUCUGGCUGUGCUGCCGGCGGAAGAAGAGCGAGGAGCAGCCCAACGCCGACUGCUGCUGCACCGCCUGGUGUGUCAUCAUCGCCACGCUUGUCUGCAGCGCCGGCAUUGCUGUUGGUUUCUAUGGGAAUGGAGAGACCUGUGACGGAGUGAACCGGCUGACGUACUCCCUGCGCCACGCCAACCGCACGGUGGCAGGAGUGCAGAAACUGGUAUCAGAUGGCACGGGCUCCCUGAAGCAGACGGUGGAUGGCAGUCUGGGGCAGCUGGAGGGCCAGUACGCCAAGCACACAGACUAUCUGUCUAUCAUCCAGAAGCUGCAGGGUCAGCUGGACGAGCUGGUGAGGCAGAUGGUGGAGAUCCCCUUCUGGGGCAACAGAGACAUCUCCCUGGAGGAGCUGGCCGUCAACAUCGAGCUCUACGACUGGUACAGGUGGCUGGGCUACUUAGGCCUGCUGCUUUUCAACAUCCUCAUCUGCCUGCUGGUGCUGUUUGGCCUCAUUCGCAACUCCAAGGGAACACUUAUUGGAGUGUGUCUUCUGGGCAUCCUGGCUCUGGUUAUCAGCUGGGCCUCCCUGGGUCUGGAGUUGGCUGUGUCUGCCACCUCCAGUGACUUCUGCGUUGCUCCUGACAUGUUCGUCACCCAAAUGACCGAACAGUAUGGAGUGCUCAAUAAAGACAUUUUGCAGUACUACAUGACAUGCAGUGUGGGCCAAACCAACCCAUUCCAACAGAAGUUGUCCGGGAGCCACAAAGCCUUAGUGGAGAUGCAAGACGACGUGUCUGAGCUGCUCCGCUCGGCCACCAGAGAGUACCCCCAAACUAAGGGGAAUCUAGAACAGAUCCAGGGGGUGCUGAACACCACAGAGAUCGGCCUGCAUCAGCUCACUGCCCUGGUGGACUGCCGAAGCCUGCACAUGGACUAUGUCCAGGCUAUAACAGGCUUGUGUUAUGAUGGACUGGAGGGCCUGAUCUACCUGGUGCUCUUCUCCUUCGUCACGGCUCUCAUGUUCAGCUCCAUCGUCUGCAGCCUACCUCACACCUGGAACAACAAGAGGAACGAGGCGGACAGCGAGGAGGAGUCCGUGUCCCACGGAGGCAGACUGCAGAACCACGACAACCUGUACCGCGUCCACAUGCCCAGCCUGUACAGCUGUGGCAGCAGCUACGGCAGCGAGACCAGCAUCCCUGCUGCAGCCCACACCGUCAGCAACGCCCCUGUCACAGAGUACAUGACCCAGAAUGCCAAUGCCUUCCAGAACCCGCGGUGUGAGAACACCCCACUGAUAGAGAGAGAGUCGCCUCCUCCCUCGUACACCUCCAGCAUGAGGGCCAAGUACCUGGCCAACAGCGGACCGGGUCCCAGUACCUCCACCCCCGUACCUCCACAGCACCCAUCACAGCACCAAGAACACGAAUCGGCACACCACUCACGACAGCACACUCCACACCGCCCACCAAAUCACCCAGCGGCGCAGCUCUAGACAACACCGGGGGCGUGACCCACCAACAGACACACCAGUGUGGAACCACCUAGCCUCUGGAAACUCUUCUCCAAUGCCCCUCAACAUCUCUGUGACGUCAUCGCCAUCCUCAUCCAGGCUACAGUCCCCAUCUCCUUUCCUCUUCACUCUUACUGGCCCUCUCCCCCAGCAACAACUUCAAACAUCUGAGCCAAAUAUUUCAUUUGAAGUGUGCUUGAUGGCAGAGCAAAGAAAGGAACACGCAAGGCAGACUCAUCAUGUAAAUAGUUCUGUCGUCAUUACAAUGUUUUCCUUAGGCCCUUUCAUGAUGUUUCCAGAUGGCCAGUCUGAGCUGGGCCACAGCGGAGCAGCUAGUCAGUGCAGGGUGAGGGCCAAUGGGAGGUUAUUUCCAGCAUUGUGUGAUCUCUGUCAUCUUCCUCAUGGGCUGCUAGUGGACUGACUGAGUGGUGGCCCUUGUUCCCCUGCUACCCCCUGCCACCGCCUCGCCUCAGUGCUGGGCCACCCUCGUGGCCCAGGGACAAUACAGACUAAUGAGGCAACUGGCCUCCAGUUCUUCAUAAACGAUCUCUGCUCCUUUUCCACUCCUCUGUCUGCUCAGUCCACCAAAUAUAAUCUUGAACGGAGUGAUAUCAUCUUACGUGAGGAUAUGUUGCUCAAACAACAUCUUUUGGUUUUAUUUGUCUGCCACUUGUGGGGUCUCCCUGUAUUUGAUAUUGUAUGAAAGAGACAUCCACCAUCAAAUGGUCUCCAUGUUACCCACUGCAAAAACCACUGGUUAUGGUGCUGUGAAGGAGAGAACACCCGACGAGAUAAUGAAACUAAACUGCCAUUGCUUUGGUGAGGACUGAGACCGUUAUGGGAAUAUCUAGCACUGAUUACUAUUGAUAGUGAUUUUGUUCAAUAUGUUGCUACGUACUGUUCUCUCUCUCUCUCUCUCUCUCAUUGCUGUAGGAGAUGUUGAGCAAUGCCUUACACAGAGAGCUGUGGAAAGGCCUAGAAACUACUGUUCUCUCACACCCUUUUACAGAACUAGGCCUCUGUCAUGGCAAGUUGGGAUCCAGGCACGGUUCCUCAACGGCCGGAUGUACCUCAACAAUACUAUGGCCAUGAUAUGUCUGAACGACAAAGACCAGUGUUUCUCAAGCAUUCCGUGUGAGUGUUCUUCAUAAUAGUGAAACAUCUCAGUUCCUCGUGUAAUCCUGUUAUCUGGAGGACUUGCAACACGACCAGUAGAACGCCGGAUCGAGGAAAGGGCAUUAACAUCAGUGGUAUUAUCCGUUCUCUCAAUCCAUGUGUCUGACGAGAUCACACUGAUAUAUCGUUACUACUGUCUAACCAGCUGAGACUGCUGAUUGCUUAUCCACGUAGACAUCAGCUUGUUAUUGCAUUUGUCUCAGACUGUGAGUGGGACCAGUUAUCUCAUUUCAUAAUGUCUUAUAGUAGUAGGUCUAUGACUGGAAAAGACUGGGCUCUCUUAACUCUUACAUUAGUCCUGACCUGCAUGUUUGUGGCUGUUGUCCCCCCCCCCCUCCCCCAGGGGGAGUGAUAUAGUAUGCCACUAUUCCUGGAAAAUGACUGAAGCUACAUAGAUUUUGAACUGGAGAGUUUUGCUGUGGAAAAAGACGAGUUUAUUUUCGAUUCCAGCGUCUGCUCUUGGAUGAUGUGAACUGAAAAGAUGGAUGAAGCUCACUGAAGACGAGGAGCUGUGAACGGUGGGACCCGCUGUCCUCUCAACAAUACCACAGACCGCUGUCAUCAGAGCUCUAAUUCUCAUUACAUCCAACAGUUUGGUCAAUUGAGGAUAUGCUUAAUAAAAGGUUCACACUUCUAUGGUAAGGUUUUGUUCCCAAACCGGAAGACUAUUCAGACCAGGAAAGGAAACAUUUUGAAACUAACAGAAGCACAAGCUUUUUUUUGUUCAACACACAGAUAUGAGGACUGGUUCCAGGUUGCUGAGAGACCAAACAAAAGAGGAGAUUUCCUCCACCAUUAUAAGACUCAUUUAAAAGAUCAUUUGCAGUGCUCUGCUGUUAGCCAGGUAUCUUGUACUGGUGUUGGUGUUCGUCUGCGUACAGUGGUCGGUGUGUUUGCUUGCCAGUCUCCUGUCCUCCCAACAGAUCUCUGACCGUCUCACACAGUUCAACCUCUGCUGAACCCUAUGGAUAUAGUCACAGACUGUAACAUCACGUUACAUCCAGUGUCUGGAGGCUGUGUACAUGUAUUAGUAUGUAUUUCUUCUAAAGAGGUGUAGAAUUCAUGUGUUCUAGUAUACGGUUAUGCAUGUUACAACAGCCAAGACAACUGCAAAAUGGACGUCCUAAUGCACCAGCAUUUCAUGGUCACAAAGAUGUUUUAGCAUAAAGAAAUAUUUUGGAGAGAGAGAAAAAAUACAACUGCGGUAGUUGUUUCACAAUGGGUGAAUUGAAGGAAUGCUGUGGUGACACGGGUUCACUUGUACCAUUUACCUUUUCAGCAAGAACAUCCUACUUUCCUGUGGACUCCUAAAGCAUGGUGCCUCUUCAAACGUAGAGUGAAAUAUUGUUGUACGUUGUUGCUACCGACGCUUCUCUUGGCGCUCCUUCGUUCUGCGUUGUAAUCGAUAUGAGAGGUGUGGUUCUUUCUUCAGUCUGUGCCAAUAACCAAACACAACACCUUACCUUUACUAGGAUCUUUUUAAAUGUCUCACGUAGGCCUGUUUGUACAGUUCACAGCACUAUGGUUGCCUGAGCAACCAAACGAGGAGAAUGAGCCCUACAUUUUGAACUGAAAAUUAAUUGUUAUUUUAUUCUCUGUGUGAAAGACCAUUUAUUAUAGUAAUGAUGCAUUUUUACUGUUUUUAGAGUAGUCAUAUUCUCUUUGUUAAUGUUGUAAUGCUAGACCAAUGUACAGACUUUAAAGGGAUACUUCGGGAUUUUGGCUAUUAAGCCCUUUAUCUACUUCCCCAGAGUCAGAUGAACUAAUAGACCACCGUCUCUGCAUCCAGUAUGAGUUAGAGGUAGAUCUGCGAGCCAAUGCUAACUAGCGAUAGCUGAAUGAGUGGAAGUGUAUGGUAUCUACUAGCAAAUGCACUAACGCUAGUGAGAAACUUCCUUCAAACUGCACGCAGAGACAAAAAAAUGGAAUAUACCAGUGCAUUGGACUAUGGGGCAGUAGAUAAAGGGAUUGAUUGCAAAAAUGCUGUAGUAUCCCUUAUAACAUGUUUGCUAAAUGAGCUGGUGAAGUUGACAUUUCCUUUGUCAUUGUGAUGAAAUCUUUUUUGCUUCAUUAAAAAAAAGUAAUUUACCAUUGAUUAUUUUUAGUGUUCAUUGCAUAUAUUACAAUGUGUAGCAAGCAGAACAUUUUUCUUGCUUUUAUGGGAAUACGAUUUAGUUUGUCUUUCAUUGCUUUGUUUUGAUAACAUUUCCCUGUUGAUUUACUCAUUUGUUUUCAUAUUAUUUUAAAGCAAUUACUAAAAUAUUGUACAUGUUAAACCUGUGGUUUUAUUGAGCUUGAACUCAGUGUUUUGAGAUUAAACCAACCUUAACUGUUGAA